UCUGGAAUCCAAAUGUUAGACGUGAUAUAAAUAAGCCAGCACAACAACCCAGUGGGGCGUUUUACAUCCAGAAACACAAGCAACAUGGACCUCUGUCUUCUCUCUGUGUUCCUGCCUCUGCUGACAGUGGCAUGGGGCCAGUAUGGGGACUAUCAAUUCUAUGGGGGCGAUGAUGACUGGGUCAACCUGUAUCGGCAGGGCUUCAACUUCCAAUGCCCACAUGGGCAAGUAAUAGUGGCAGUGAGGAGCACUUUCAGCAAAAAAGAAGGCUCCGACCGAAUGUGGAACUAUGCUUGCAUGCCUACUCCGCACACCCUGGGAGAGCCAACCGAGUGUUGGUGGGAAGAGAUCAACCGAGCAGGACUAGAAUGGUAUCAAACAUGUUCAAAUAAUGGAUUGGUGGCAGGAUUUCAGAGCCAGUAUUUUCCAUCUGUACUUGACCGGGAGUGGCAAUUUUAUUGUUGCCGCUACAGUCGAAGAUGCCCAUAUUCAUGCUGGUUGACAACAGAACAUCCAGGACACUAUGGCGAAGAUAUGGACAUGAUGUUAUAUGCUUAUGAUCAUUACAUUCGUGGAGCAACCACAACUUUCUCUGGUGUGGAGAGAGAUCGUCAGUGGAAAUUUAUUGUCUGCAGGAUGACAGAUUUCAACUGUCGGUUUGACAACCUCUAGACGCAUCCAUUAUAUACUAUGCUUAGGGGGAUGGGGGGCAGGUUGUUUGGAAAUGUAAACAGGCUGAAAUGGAAAAGAAAGAAAGAAAGAAAGAUAAGGCAUUAUAUGGACUCUGCUAAGCUCCUUUUACAGAGGUAGUGCUUGAAAAAGUUACAUUUUUGAAUGAUAGCAACCAGAAUAACUGGUAUGUGAAAUACAGGACAUUGAAGUCCAAAAGUAACUUUUCUGAGCUCUCUGAAGAAUUACAGUCAGCCCUCCGCAUUCUCUGGGAUAAGGGUAAAGAACUCCCAUGAAUGUGGAAAAGCUGCAAUAAAACUCACUAUUUUUUAACCUGUGAGAACACCUCUGUAGGAAUCUUUAGAUCUUUCAAAAUGAAUCUGCAGAGGACCUAGAAAUUCCUGGAGGCAUUAUAUUAAUCAAAUUGGUGAAUAAUCAAAUCAUCAAAAGUUAUACCCAUAAAUGUGGAGGGACAGCUGCAUAACUCACCUUCUGUGAAAUGGGCUGGUAAGUGCAACACUGUUGAAUUCUUCAGGCUCAUCCGUGUGGUUCUUCAUUCAUGAUUAAAUGUGUUGCUUCACAAAUUUUCUGCAGAGCAUGUGUGCAGGGUUCUUUAGCAUCUGCUGCUUCCUAGCUUAUUUAUGUGCCUGGUAGAUGCCAUAACAAGAACAAUACUAUCAGUGUACGUAGUGUGCCUGGCCAGCUUGCAGCUUCCAUAGUAGUGGUGCUCCUGCCCUUUCUCAGGUCACUUCUCAUACUCUUGCUUGUAUAUUACAAUACUAAGUUGAGUGUGUGGAAAGCUGACAAAACUAUGGAGCACUCCCUUAAUUUUUAAAAAAUAUGUAACUACUUGACACUGUUAAUUUCUGAUAUAAAGCUUGAUGGAAUUCCUUCCUCUGCUGACUAGUUCAUCUGCACAAUGCUCAUCUUGAUUUUUCCACAGCAACUUUCAAAAAUGCUGCAAUUUACAAAAGGGAUGGCCUUAAUUUGUGUCUUGUUGAUGGAUGUCAAAACUAUUUCUUGGCACACAUACUCUGUGUGUCCUUCUCAAUACUCCAUAUCUGAGAUCACAGAGCAUUACAAAGCUGUUUUCAAUGGCAAAAUUUUGUAACCCAUACAAAUACUGUAUUUUUACAUUCUAGCAGGGAAGGACAUUUGCAAUUGUAUGACUAAAGCUGAGUAUGUAAACUAAUGACACGUUGCUAAAAUUUGCUGUGUAGAACAAAUAAAGGACAUAAUUUCAUUGAGGAGCAUUCAAGACUUGGCCAUGAACUUGAAUCAAUUGCAAUGUUUAUAUUGUAGGGUCAGUUUAAAUCCCCAAAGGAGAGAUACUUCACAACCAAAAGGCAAUUGUAUAAAAACAAACUGUGGAUUUUAUUCCAAAUGCUUGUAUUAGAACGUCUUUAAUUUGUUUAGUAUUUACAAGUGCACUAUGAUUUAUUAUGAUUAGCUAAAGAAAUAAAAUAAUUUGGUGAUGCA